AUGGCUAAGCAGCGUUCUCCAGAUGGGAGGCUGGUCUAUCUCCACUGCUCAUCAAUCUUCAGCGGGGCAAACGCGCAAGUCCGAAAGGUAAAGAAGAUCUCUCAGCUUCUUGAGAAGCAUAAGGCAUCUAUCAAAAUCCUCACAAAGGAGUUUACCUUGCCAGCCGUUGCUGCAAUUGCGAAAGAGUUGCUAGAAGAGCAGAUUUUCGAAUCCUUACCCCGGGCAAAGCUCCGUUACCCAGAGUUGUUCCAGCCGUCAGAGACGCAAGAGGCCGAGAGAGCGGCCUCGGAGGCAGAAGUCAUCCGGAUCGAGGCCGAGGCAGCACAAGACAUAGUGUUGACAUCCGAUGACGAGGGAGGAGACGAGUGCCCGGACUUUGAGCAAGGCGAACAGCAGGCUGAGCCUGAGGGAACAUUAGAAGACAAAGUCGAGGCUGGGGACAAUGUUCAAAUCAACGCUGUCAGACUGUGGCAAGUAUAA